GGCUGGAGAGGCCCGCAAGAGUACGCGCGGAGAAGGCGCCAGUCGCGCGUUUUUCCCGUAACGGAUGAACGUCGCCGCACCUUGCUGUGAACACAUACGUCGUAUACGUCGUAUACGUCACAUACGUCACAUACGUCACAUACGUCACACGCGUAACGUGCGCAUGGCUAAAGAGCAAAAGGCGUAAGCGCGAAUGAAUACACUUCGCGAAGGGCACACUUGGCAACGGAGAGCUCACCCGCGAAUGAGUGCUUCAGGAAGAAACGUUGCAGCAGAGAUUGUUCCUCCCCGUUUUGCUGACUCCAAUUUACCGGUGUAGCGCAGCGAACCAACGCGCACCUACCCAUUACAGUUGGGGAAGAUUCCUCUGCUUCAGACCAGGGGCGAGGGGAGCGCCCAGAGGAGAGGAAUGUGUGGAGGCGCGGUUAAUCGGUUAAGCGGCAAAUCCAAACGGACGACGCACAGCGGGAAGGGGAGCCAGGGAAUUCACGCCACGUCGGGAAGCGCGUCAAUCAGGGAAGGCUUAAUCGAACAGAAAAGGAAGUAGCGACGUGGUAAAGGGGAACUACUUCCCAGGCGAAGAGAAGCCCAGCCAAGCCACCCCCGCGGCAGGAAGUGGUCACUCACAAAAAUACCCCCCCAAGAUGAACCGCCUCAUCCUGAACAAGGCGACCUCGUCGAACGACGAGCCCACGCCAGGAUACCUCUACAACGAAAUAUCGCAAAUGGCCUUCUGCUCGAAGGAGUCCAUGAACCUCGUGGGGGAGUACCUCCUCAAAAAAUUGCAGAGGACAGACGUCAACGUGAAGUUAAAAACGCUCAAAAUUUUGAAGCAUCUCUGUGAUAAAAAAAGACCCGAUUUUCGAAAUUUUUUAAAAAAAAAAAUUGAAAUAAUAAAAAAUUGCCAAUCGUGCAAUAUAGUCCAUGACGAACUGAAGGGGGAGACUCCCUCCAUGCUGGUGAGGAAGGAAGCAUCCGAAUUGAUUAAACUUAUUUAUUCCUAUGAUGCCGCAGAGAGUGAUGCGAAAAGCGCCUCCAACAGCAAUCAAGAUGUGGUGAAAAAUAACAGAAUACAGGGCUUUGGAAACUCCCACUUUGAAAGGGGCACCGCUGUGAGUGGCGGUAUGCAUGGCCCUCCUAACAGCGGCAUGCAUGGCCCUCCCAACAGCGGCAUGCAGAGCAGUUGUGGCACCGCCGCAGGGGGAGGAAGCGCUCUGGAGACUAACCCAAGCAACCACAUGGCGAACAGUUUUAACAGCCGAAAUAAUUACAUGAGCAAAAUGUCCGGCUUUGGAAAUCCGUACUUUAACCAGAACCCUUUGCAGAAGACCAAGGGGGAAAUGGCCAUGCAGUAUUUGAAUGAAGUGGCCAACAAGUAUAUUCCCUCCUCCUUCGUAAACAAAAUUAACAAGGUCAGCGCGUCGCUGUCGAAAAAUUACGCCAAUGGGUCCCUCAACAUACAGAACAUCAUGAAUGGCAACGCGUUUAAUAAGAACUUUGAUCGGGGCCGCGUGGGCAGGCCGGCAGGCGGUCACCCCGGAGGAGGGGGUAGCAACUUCGGCGGAGGUAGCAACUUCGCAGUGGGUAGCAACUUCAGCGGGGGUAGUAACUUCUUUGGACAGGGCCCCCUCGGAAGGCUGCCCCCCCCCAGUGGAGGCAUCCAAAGCGCGAGGAGAGAAGACCAGGCGAGAAAGCCGCAAGAAUCACAAACGGCCGGAAUCUACGAAAGAAAAAUAAUUGAAGAUGUGCUGAUCAACGCGGGAAUUAACAAAGUGCCGGCAGAAAGUCUGCUGAAUGAAUUUGCCCAAAAAUGUGAAACCCUAGACACGAAGCUCAUAGUGUCCAUUCUGACCUCCAAGCUGAGAUUAAAAUAUAUUAGCGAAGAAGACAACUGGAAAAAUAAACUGAAGGUACUCUGCGCCAUAAGGCAUUUGCUUAUACACAGGAAGAGGAGGGAAAAUGGGAAGGCAAUUGAGACGUUAGAAGUGCUUAUUCAAAAUUUGAAGGACCUCACUUUGGAGGAGCUUUACAGGUGCAAAGAAAUUAAGCAUUUGAAAAAACAAGUGAUGGAGAUUUUUGUGUUGAUGGGUCUCCGGGCGAAGCAGCCGGGUGAGGACUCGCGCAGGAGGGAAGCCCAUCCCGGUGCGGAGGCCAUUCCCGGUGUGGAAGCGAAUCCCUGUGUGGAGGUGCCCAACCUGCUCGACAUCGAUGACGAUGUGCAGGUGGGCAUGACCAGCAGCAGUGGUAACCGCGGAAACAGUGGCAACAUUGGCAACGGUAGGAACAGCGCUCCCCGGGGGGGGUGCCCGCCCUUGGGGGACGCAUAUGCAAGCGGCCUGCACAAUGGCAGCACGUCGGCGAGCAGCUUGGACUUCCUCUCCCAUGGGAAAAACUACCCAACUGAACGGGGCAAUCAGAAGAAUGUGAAAGAGGACCCCGUGGAUAAUUUAAUCCUCCACUUUGACCACCUCUCGCUGGGGGCCCCUCCAAAUGGGGACCCCCCCCAGGGCAGUGGCCGCUGCCACAGUGGAGCGAACCACAACGAGCUGUUUAGCAGCCUCCACGUGAAGUACCAGCAAACAGGCCAAGGCAACGAUAUGAACGUCACCACUGGGCAAGGCCUCCAAAAGGGGAGAAAAAAAGGCCCACCCGAAAUGCCCAGCAGUGCACUAGCCCCCCCACAGAGUUCCAACCGAAUUGACCUAAACGAUGUUGAGGCUAGCAACUUGAUUUUUCUAGAAAAUAAAAAUGAAGGGGGAAACUCAAAGGGAGCCAUAAACGCGGAGAGGAACCUCCCCCAGUUUAACGAGCCAAAUUAUUUCUUCGCCUUUGACAACGCUAUGGGAGGAGGCAGUGGAGGGGAUAAAAAGGGGGCAACCACCCGGGGGGGUAACAUCCCACAUGAGGGGAACACCAGACAUGGUAACCAAACAAAUAAUGCUCACAUGGAUGGCAGCUCGAGGUUCCACUUGAGUAGAGACAAAAAUGGCCCGACGAAAAAUUACGAUGCUGCCAAACAGCAAGGGGGGGAACCUUUUAAAGGAAACCAAACUGUCGAAGGGAAAAAUACACAACCACAUGAUUUAAAUCUGUUAGAUAUGAGCGAACAGUUUCAGAGCUUGACGGGUGAGUCCCCCUUCCCCGGUGCAACCUCUCCACUCAGUUGCGAAAAGGGGCAACUCCAGGGAUAUACUCCCCCUUACGGAGGAGGCAUAAUGAACAGUAACAGCCCCCCCUAUGGCCGCCCACCCCAGGGGAACUACCACAUGAUGAAUACGAAUGAGCCUAAUAAAUCCGCAGACAAAUUUCAGAGCCACCUAACCAACUCGGGGAAUUUCCCCAGCACAGAUGACCAGAUUAAUAACUUCUUUAACUCCUUUGCCAUUUCAUCCAAGAGGAAUGAAGAGGGAAGUAAGAAGCCCAGCGUGCAGAUCGACGCGUUCGAGUUGUUGGCUGAUGAGCUGAAGCUGUGAGGGUGUUUCCGUGUGGGAUGCGCACGUAGGGGUGGCCACAGCGAGGGGAGCGGCGAAAGAGGCACAAACAGGAGCAGAAAAAUUCCCAUCGUAAGGAGGCCACCCUGCACCCCCCCAAAAAGGAGGCUCUUCACAGGUGGUAAGAUGCCUACUCGUUCCGCUUACUCCGUGUGUGCGUUCAUUUAUUUUUCGCUUCCCUUUUUGCGUUUCUCUUUUCCCUUUUCCUUCUUUUUUUUUUUUUUUUUUUUGGAAUACCCCCCACCCCCUUGUACCAUUUGAUUUUGUGUGAAAAACCCUUCCGUGGGCGCCAAGCGGAACGCAUCAAAUUUUUGUUUAAAGUUGAGAUGAUAGU